CCGGCCCGAUAGUGACCCGGUCGUGUCGCUAGCGUGCGGAUGAGCGAUACCGGUCACCGCCCUGGCCGCCGGUGCCACCGGUUGACGGCCUGCUGGUGACCUCGCCGCUGACGUUCCCCCCGCGUCGUCCGCCACCAUGGGGGUGCGCGCCGUGCUCCGUCGCGACGCCUCCCGCGCCUCGUCGCUACGGAGCUACGUGGUCGCGGGCCGGGGCGUCGUCGGCGCCGCCGGAGGGUCCUCCUCCCGCGGGGGCGGCGACUCCCCCGUGCCCCUGAGGCCGCCGAUGACGCCCCAGGCGUCCAUCACCAAGGCCUCCACCUGCGCCAAGCCGCACACCCUUCACCGCAUGCCCAGCAAGCUCAGGAGGCUCUCGUCCUUGGAGCUCGUGGCCACCUCUCCGGCCCAGCGCAACUGGCGCGGCAUCCUGAUCGCGCUGCUGGUGAUCGUGGCCGUGCUGGGCCUCAUCAUGUUCUCCAUCGUGCUGCUGUCGCCGCCCGACGAGGGGCCGAGGGUCAGGGGGGACAAGUUCUCGCUGCGCGACAUCACCGAGCCCAUGUUCCGGCCCGCGCCCUUCAACGGCACCUGGAUCAGCGGUGUAAUUCACUCAAGUAUGAGGUACAAAUCUUCAGUAAUUGUGGGAAAUUCUAUCACCCAUUUGCCAUUACGUGAAAAUUGUAUCUCUGAUUCUACAAACCAUGGAAUACUUCAUACAUUUGCAAAUUUUCUAUUCCACAUAGAAUGCAAUAAUGAAAAUGGAUUGAAACUUUUUAAAAGCAUAUCAAUGUUAGAAGCAUUAUGCUGUGUUAUUAUCUGUUUCAUCAAUCACUUCUCUCUAACUCUCACAGUUUCAUCUUUCCAAUUUGGUGUCUUUGCUAAGAUUUUGUUCAAUUCGGUCAAGUGCCAACUUGACAGCUUAAAAUAUGCAAAGACUGUCAUUAGAAAAUGUAUUUUUUUCAUCCUGUUAUGUGUACCUUAG